UUUAUUUUACUCCACAGGUGUAUGUGAAGGUGAGGGAGAGUCUCUGGCCCCGGUCGAGGCGCCCCGGCCCCCCUCUCUGUCCCCAUUGGUCCCCGUGUGGAGCGUGGGGUGCUAAGGUGUGGCCUCCGCUGUCCGCCUCCUGCAGCGCGCUCACACGGGCACUAACCCGUAAACAGCCGCGGUUAUAAAGACACCAUUGUGCGGGACCACUGCCGUGUUUCUCAGGGUCUGCUCUGUGGACACAGGUAUGAAGUGAAGUUAAGACGCUCCGGAGUUUGUUUCUGUUGCAGGAGCACCGCCGUCAGAUGAGCGCUGUCCUCGGCUGACUAAAAAUAACUUGGAAACUUGUUGAGGCGGAGGAGCGCACGAUGAGGCCAGCUGCAUCCCGCUGAAGCCUCGGCUGCAAACAGGUGGAUCGCUCCGAUUUCGUGAAGGUAUCUGAAGCCUCGGCAUGCCAGUCCCCCCUCCUCCCCCUCCGCCUCCCCUGGCUCCCCCUCCUCCUCCACCGCCGCCCAGCGCUGCCCUGCCACAGUGUCCCUCAGAUCCUCCCAAGCUCCAGCCUGGAGGAGGAGGAGGAGGAGGAGGAGGUGGCAGGAAUGCCUUGCUGGCCGACAUCCAGAAAGGAGCCAGGCUCAGAAAAGUCACACAGGUCAACGACCGCAGUGCUCCUGCUGUCGAUAAAGCCAAAGCCAGCGCUGCAGAUGUGUUCAGCAGUGUUGGUACCUCUCAGGGCUCAUCGGGAGGGACGGCACCAGCGGUACCGUCUCUGGGUGGACUCUUUGCUGGAGGCUUCCCGACUCUCAGACCAAUGGGACAAAGAGACUUAGCAGGCAAGACACCAGUGUCGCGGUCCAGCUCCUCGGCCUCCCUGAAGCCCCUGUGGAACCCCCCCACACCAGCAGAAACCAGCAGCAUCCCGGAGCCUCACAGGACGGGGGAGCUCCGAGGCUCCGUCCAUCGGCCGCUCGCCUCCUCGUCCUCUGCUCCUCCCUCCCCCUCACACAGCAGCAAGCACCCACCUCCUUUCCCCACUUCCUGUCCACCUCCACCUCCGCCCCCGCCCGCCCCUACCUCUGCUCCUCCCCCGCCUCCGCCACCCCUAGCCUUCCAGGACCGGCCGGCCAAUAGGCCUCCACCUCUCCCCUCCUGCCCUCCUCCUCCGCCUCCGUCCCAGGUCACCAAGCCCACCUGGCUUCCCAUCCAGCACUUCCACCACACCGCCAUCUCUCCAAACUCUACUCCUCCUCCCCCUCCUCCACCUUUCCAGUCUCCCUCUGCUGUUCCAGGAGACCGCUCCUCAGGGUGCUUCUACCCUCCUCCCCCCUCCCCAGUCCUCUCUGAAACUUCCAGGUUCCCCAUCCUACGGGACAGCCCGCUGGGUCCUCCUCCUCCACCUCCUCCUCCCCUCCCGGCUUCUUUUACCCCCACCUGCCCAUCCGCCCUCCCUCCUCCACCACCUAAGGUGGCACCAGUGCCCUCCCCUGCCAUGCGCUCUCUGCCUCCCUCAUACCCCUGCAACGCUCCCACCCGACGGCCCCCUGCUGUGCCCAGGAGUGCAGGUGUGGGCCGGCUGGCUCCUCCUCCAGCUCCUCCAGCACGCUCCCCCUCCACCGAGCUGUCCAGCCGCAUUCCUCCCCCUCCACCGCCGCCUCCCCUGCCUCCAUCGAGCCUCAGGAAUGGACACCUGCACAGCCUGGAUGACUUUGAAUCCAAGUUCCAGUUCCACCCUGUAGAGGACUUACCCCCUCCUGAUGAAUUCAAGCCUUUCCCUCGGAUCUAUCCCAGCAAAGAGAACAGAGUGAACCCCAAACCACCCGGGAUGAGGACACACCUCAGAUGAGUCAAGGCCUCACCCAGUUCUUCACCUCCUGUUCCUCCUGCACACACAUCAGGCAGUUAAUCCUCCUCCUCCUUCUCAUGACAACAGCAGAACUGCCACGGACCGGUUCGGAUGCAGGCUUUGAGUGUGUGUUGUUUGUGUUUAGUGCAUUUGUGUGUGUGAGUGUCAAACAGGGUCCCGCCUCUUACAGACUGUGUGACCUCUGACCUUUUCAGUGUGGAAUGUUUUGAAUGUGUGUGAGGAGGAGGGAUCUCCCUACUCACACUCGUACACUCCGGGGACAGUGUCUUCCACCAGUUGUGUUUAUCAUGACAUGAGCAUUUCAGUCUCUACACAGAAGAGAACGUUUUGAUUUCAGCUCUUGUAAAGACAGAUUUACAGAAACUGUGGUCCAGCAACAAUUACUGUAUGAAGGGAAGCAGUUCAGAUGUUGUGUACUCACCUUCACCCUGAUGGAAAGUCUGGUGACGCUUCAUCGUCCACAAAAGAUUUCUUGAGCUUCACAAGCAAACUGAAGUCGAUGGAGACUCGUUUUGAAAUGUAAAAAGCAACAACAAAUGGCUCCAUAAUGCUUCUCUGGUGUAAUCUAAGUGUCCAGAAGCCCCAAAUUGAUUCUAUAGUGCCGGAACGGACACUUUUAUACUUUUUAAACAUGUCUCCAUCUGUCUCAGUUGUCUCCCAGAGUGUUUCUACGCUGCUUUAAUGUGAGAGUAAUCGAGAAUAUUUUGUUGGCUAAGAAGUUUGACAGUGUUCUUACCCCCAUUUUUAAAAAUCUUCAAGCGAGACAAUCCUCUCAACAUGUUGUUUGUUUCCUUCCUUUGAGUAUUCAUUAAAAUAUGGCGACUGUUUGCAGGAAGUGAUCCUCAUCUUAAACACAAUUAGGGCUGAACAACAAGUUCAUUAUUAAAUUUACAGGAGAUCUUGAUAAAGGUAACAUGUUUCACAACGUACGAUUAUAAAUGAAGCAUUGUGGUGAUACAAAGAUACACAGCAAUAAUAUCUACAUUACUUUGAUAGAUUUUUUUAGGAAAAAAAUAUGCAAAUCCCCUAAAUUGUUGGUCAAAGUAAUUGCAAUUUUAAAAAAAAACAACAAAGUUUUCCAUAUAGUUCAGCUCUCAACUCAUUGUGAAACUCCACCUGCAGGAUAUGCUAACCAGGGGGUUCAUAAAUCCCUGUUCAUAUAAUGGUGCUCUCUUGUGUUUGUGUGAUUGUUUUUUAUAAGUAGCAAAUGAAUCCAUAAAAGUGUAGAAGAAAACACAGCGUCAUGUUAAGAUUCUGGCCGUGCGUCUGUUUUGAGUUACACAGUUAUGAAUAGAUAAUGAAUGAGAUCUACAGUUUCAUUAACUCGUACUAACACCUGUGACGACAGUGCCACCUGCUGGUUCAACGUGUAAAGUGUUACAAGGCGUGACCACCAAAUAAACCACAGUAUUUUAUUAA